UAAAUAAACAGUGAAGAAGGAAGGAAACGCUGAGUCAGCUAUAUCACUCACUCCCUUUUUCCUCUCUCAUUCUCUCAUUGAUCGUCUUCUUCAAUGCUCUUUCUUUCGUGGUUUGUCUGCGGGAAUUAAAGGUAGAGAUAGUGCCCAAUAUAUCAGAUCUGGCCCUCUCUUUGCACUGUAUUUAUUCAAAAGCAGCCGUCACCGAAGAUCCCUUUAAUCUUUAUUAAGGCGCAGGGAGGACGCUAACACUGCGGGAUCAAAUGUCGGCGGUGAACGGCGGCAUUCGAGAGCCGCCGGCAGGUUUGACUCUGGGCGAUAUAUUAUUGGGCACGGCUGAGAAGCGAGCCGCGCUGGCUCCUCCAGUUCCUCGAACUCGAGAUCAAAGCGCGCCGGCAACUCGGCUUCGGCCUCAGCUCAGUAACCGUACCCUCCUGGAUGUGAUCCAAGAGCAUGAUCCGGAUGCCAGGCUGUCCUUCAAGGAUCUCAUUGGCGACGACCACAACAACAGGGACAAAAACUAUUGGAAAAACUUCAAAGACAGGCUCAAUCUCAAGCGCGCCGGGGCGAAUUGGACCUCUCGUAUCCCUGCAUCGGAUAUCCCUAUCCAGAAUGGCAACGAUACUUUCACUAGUAGCGCGUCAUUGGAACUUUCGUUUUCUGUGACCAACUCGGUUCGUUUCCAGCACACGGCCGAGUCCACUCAGUUGGAGGACGACUCGACUUCUUUCGAUAUGUGCGGAGGCCAUUCUUCCUCGUCGAGUCCGUGUACCAGGCCACAGAUGUCUCGUCGUAGCUCGACCCGGUUGGGCCCGUCGGUUCCGAUUGAGUCCAGGUCAACUCCACCCGGCGACUCAGACUUUUACCACGCACCUCCUCCAUCACAGGCUCAGGGUUUCGGGCGUCAAAUAUCGCGGCAAAAUGCAACGCGCCACCCAGCGACUCAGAGCCAGAACUCGAUGCACAACAGGUACGUCGCCGAUUUUACAUCAACAGAAGAAGGAUACGCCGAAUGCGAUGGUGACGAAGCCUCGAUACGGGCGCCCAGGCCCCGCCUCUCAACAGUAUUGGCAGAGGAGAGAGCUCUCUCAGCACGAGAAGCCGUGGCAGCACAGGAAGCGGCGGAGGCGGUGGCAGCAGCCGAGAGAGACCAAGCGGAGACGGAGGAGUCUGAGGCGGCGGAACCUCCGGCGAGGAUGUCACUGAUGGACUUGAUGGACUAUAACAUAGGAGAGGAGGAGGAGGAGGAGGAGGAGGAGGAAGAGGAAGAAGCGAAAGCGGAGGAGGAGGGGGAGGUGGUGGGCGGAGGGGGAGGGGUAGAGCAUAAAUGCUGCGUGUGCAUGGUGAGGCAUAAAGGUGCGGCGUUUAUACCUUGUGGCCACACUUUUUGCAGGCUGUGUUCAAGGGAGCUUAUGGUCGGUAGGGGUAACUGCCCCCUCUGCAACCGCUUCAUACUGGAAAUCCUCGACAUUUUCUGAUCUGAUCUUUCUUUCUUUCUUUCUUUUUCUCUUUAGAAAUAUAUUUUUAUAAUCAUAAUCCACAAUUUGACAAUUUUUUUUUUUAGUAAGAGGAAUCAGUCACAUUUGAAAGUGUUGCUUCAAUUGGUGAACACUUUUUUCCAAAAUUGUAUUUGCAGAUCGUUAUCAUGUCCUUGAGAUAAAAUGAUUUGAUUAACAAUCAGAAUUUAAAUA